CGCGCUCACGUGCACGCGCUCAAGCAGCAUCCCGUACAGGAAGCGCUCGUUACCCUUUUCAAACAACACUCGCGUUUGUCCUCCGAUCACAGACGCCACGGGAUGAUCACCUCUCAACUGUGUGGAUUCUGAGACCCAUGCACUAACAUCCAUCUUGGACCUGCAAAAGCACCCCUGUUAUUCCUCGACUUUGACCACGUCGCUUCCAGCUGCAGCCAGACAAAAUGUCAAGCAGCCCCGAAGACGCUCUCUCCAGGGGCGGUGGCUCCGACCUCAAACUCGCCUCCUCAAACAACACCUCACCGGAGGGCGGACAGCCGCCGCCGCUGCACCAGGGCCGAAUACGUCAGUCGGACAGCAACACCAGUUUCCUGCGGGCUGCCAGAGCUGGAAACAUCGAUAAAGUCCUUGAGUUCUUGAAAAAUGGAGUUGACAUUAGCACCUCCAACCAGAAUGGUCUGAAUGCUUUGCAUUUGGCGGCCAAAGAGGGGCACCAGGAUCUAGUGGACGAACUUUUGGAGAGAGGAGCACCUGUUGACUCAUCCACUAAGAAAGGAAACAGCGCCCUUCAUAUUGCCUCACUGGCUGGGCAAAAAGAUGUGGUCCGCCUGCUGGUGAAGAGAGGAGCUGAUGUGAACUCGCAGUCUCAGAAUGGCUUCACUCCGCUCUACAUGGCCGCACAGGAGAAUCACUUGGAGGUUGUUAAAUAUUUGCUGGAAAAUGACGGAAACCAGAGUAUUGCAACAGAGGACGGCUUCACCCCACUUGCCAUCGCACUCCAGCAGGGUCACAACGCAGUGGUGUCCCUGCUACUGGAGCACGACACUAAAGGCAAAGUGCGUCUGCCCGCUUUGCACAUCGCGGCCCGCAAGGACGACACCAAGUCAGCCGCACUGCUGCUCCAGAACGACCACAACGCUGACGUCCAGUCCAAGAUGAUGGUCAAUAGAACUACCGAGAACGGGAAGAGCGGUUUCACCCCUCUGCACAUCGCCGCUCACUAUGGCAACGUGAAUGUCUCCACCCUGUUGCUGAACAGAGGAGCCGCUGUGGACUUCACAGCCAGGAAUGGAAUAACGCCUCUGCAUGUGGCCUCAAAGAGAGGCAACACCAACAUGGUGGUCCUGCUGUUGGACCGAGGAGCUCAGAUCGACGCUAAAACCAGGGAUGGGCUUACUCCGCUACACUGUGCAGCCAGGAGUGGACAUGACUCAGCAGUGGAGUUGCUGCUGGAGAAAGGCGCACCUAUUUUAGCCAGAACAAAGAAUGGAUUGUCCCCACUGCACAUGUCAGCCCAGGGCGACCACAUAGAGUGUGUGAAGCUGCUGCUGCAGGACAAAGCUCCGGUUGAUGAUGUCACACUGGACUACCUCACAGCGUUGCACGUCGCAGCUCACUGUGGCCACUACAGGGUCACCAAGUUGCUGUUAGAUAAGAAGGCCAAUCCCAAUGCCAGAGCACUAAAUGGAUUCACUCCCCUACACAUCGCUUGUAAAAAGAAUCGGGUGAAAGUGAUGGAAUUGUUGGUGAAAUACGGAGCAUCCAUCCAGGCUAUUACUGAGUCCGGCUUGACUCCCAUCCAUGUUGCCGCCUUCAUGGGCCACCUCAACAUUGUUCUACUUCUACUGCAAAAUGGAGCCUCUCCCGAUGUCCGUAACAUUCGUGGCGAGACAGCACUACACAUGGCGGCCCGAGCAGGCCAGAUGGAGGUGGUGCGUUGUUUGCUGAGGAACGGCGCGUUGGUGGAUGCCAUGGCCAGGGAGGACCAGACUCCCCUCCACAUUGCAUCCCGAUUAGGAAAAACCGACAUUGUCCAGCUGCUCCUACAGCACAUGGCUCACCCAGAUGCUGCCACUAUCAAUGGUUACACUCCACUCCACAUUUCAGCCAGGGAGGGGCAAGUGGAGACAGCCGCCGUGCUUCUGGAGGCCGGGGCUUCACACUCCAUGGCUACCAAGAAAGGAUUUACUCCAUUACAUGUAGCCGCUAAGUACGGAAGCCUUGAUGUGGCAAAACUACUGCUUCAACGCAAAGCUCUCCCUGAUGAUGCAGGCAAGAAUGGACUAACGCCGCUCCAUGUAGCGGCUCAUUAUGACAACCAAGAGGUGGCGCUCCUGCUGCUGGACAAAGCGGCCUCACCUCAUGCUACUGCAAAGAAUGGGUAUACUCCUCUUCACAUCGCAGCCAAAAAGAACCAGACUAACAUUGCGCUAGCCCUGCUCCAGUAUGGUGCCGAGACCAAUGUUCUGACCAAGCAGGGAGUCAGUCCUCUUCACCUGGCUGCACAGGAGGGACAUGCUGAGAUGGCCAGCUUGCUCCUGGGCAAAGGAGCUCACAUCAACACAGCAACCAAGAGUGGACUGACUCCUCUGCAUCUCACAGCACAAGAGGACCGGGUCAGUGCUGCAGAAGUGUUAGCCAAACAUGAUGCCAACUUGGACCAGCAAACAAAGCUUGGCUAUACACCUCUAAUAGUAGCCUGUCACUAUGGAAAUGCCAAGAUGGUCAACUUCCUGUUACAGCAAGGUGCCAGUGUCAACGCCAAAACCAAGAAUGGAUACACACCUCUCCACCAGGCAGCACAACAAGGGAACACACACAUCAUCAAUGUUUUGCUGCAGAAUGGGGCCAAACCAAGUGCUACUACAGUGAAUGGAAACACUGCUCUAUCCAUUGCCAGGCGUCUGGGUUACAUCUCAGUGGUAGACACACUGAAAGUGGUCACUGAAGAAGUCAUCACUACCACAACAACGGUCACAGAGAAACACAAACUCAACGUCCCAGAGACCAUGACGGAAAUCCUUGAUGUCUCUGAUGAAGAAGCUCUGGGGCUUGAAGAUGACCCUUUCUCAGAGAUGUUUCUAGAGCUGGAAGGUGAGGACACUAUGACUGGUGAUGGAGGCGAAUACCUGAGAGCGGAGGACCUUCGAGAGCUUGGCGAUGACUCUUUGCCAGGACACUACUUGGACAGCUUCAGCUACAUGAGCCACAACCUGGACAGGCCUCAGCACCAGAGCUUCCAUCAGAGGGAUGGCGUUCUCAUUGAGGACAUGAUUACCAGCCAUCAAGUGUCGGCACUAUCAAGAGAGCAAGAUAAGGACUCGUUCCGCUUGAGCUGGGGGGCUGAGCACCUCGAUAAUGUGGUGUUGUCCUCCAGUCUGCUGCACUCUGGCCGUUCGUCUCCUUGCCUAGACCAUGACAACAGCAGCUUUCUGGUCAGUUUCAUGGUAGACGCAAGAGGCGGUGCCAUGCGAGGCUGCCGUCAUAAUGGCCUAAGAAUCAUCGUGCCACCAAGGAAGUGUUCCGCACCUACGAGGGUGACAUGCAGGCUAGUGAAGCGACACCGUCUGGCUUCCAUGCCCCCUAUGGUCGAAGGUGAGGGGCUGGCUGGUCGCAUCAUUGAAGUGGGACCCACUGGAGCUCAAUUCCUGGGUAAGCUUCACCUUCCCACAGCUCCGCCCCCUCUGAAUGAGGGCGAGAGCCUGGUCAGUCGCAUCCUGCAACUGGGUCCUCCAGGAACCAAGUUCCUCGGUCCGGUGAUUGUGGAGAUCCCACAUUUUGCCGCUUUGAGGGGCACUGAGAGGGAGUUAGUCAUCUUAAGGAGUGAAACGGGAGAAAACUGGAGGGAGCAUCACUGUGACUUCACUGAAGAGGAGCUCAACCAAAUACUUAAUGGAAUGGAUGAAAAACUGGAUUCCCCUGAGGAGCUUGAGAAGAAAAGAAUCUGCCGCAUCAUCACACGAGACUUCCCACAGUAUUUUGCUGUGGUGUCGAGAAUAAAGCAGGACAGUCAUCUUAUUGGUCCAGAGGGCGGCGUCCUCAGUAGCACUCUUGUUCCUCAGGUACAGGCUGUCUUCCCUGAGGGAGCACUCACUAAGAAGAUCAGAGUUGGGCUCCAGGCUCAACCCAUUGAAGUUGAUGUCGUGAGAAAGAUCCUUGGCAACAAGGCCACAUUCAGUCCAAUAGUCACACUGGAACCAAGAAGAAGGAAGUUCCACAAACCAAUCACCAUGACAAUCCCUAUUCCCAAGAGUGCAAACAAUGAAGGAGUCGGACCUGUGUACAGCGGGGAAACACCAACCUUACGUUUGCUUUGCAGUAUUACGGGUGGGACAACGCCGGCUCAGUGGGAAGACAUCACUGGCUCUACCCCGCUUACCUUUGUUAAUCAGUGUGUUUCCUUCACGACCAAUGUGUCAGCGAGAUUCUGGCUGAUAGACUGUCGACAAGUUCAAGAUUCUGUUAGUUUUGGCUCUCAGUUAUACAGAGAGAUCAUUUGUGUGCCAUACAUGGCCAAGUUUGUCAUCUUUGCCAAGACGUUGGACCCCAUUGAAGCACGACUUCGCUGUUUCUGCAUGACCGAUGACAAAAUGGACAAGACGCUAGAGCAGCAAGAAAACUUCACAGAAGUCGCACGAAGCCGAGAUGUUGAGGUCCUGGAAGGAAAACCAAUAUUUGCUGACUGUUUUGGAAACUUGGUGCCGCUAACAAAGAGUGGGCAGCAUCAUGUCUUCAGCUUCUUUGCCUUCAAAGAGAACCGACUAGCCCUUUUUAUUAAAAUAAGGGACACAGCACAGGAGCCAUGUGGUCGGCUUUCCUUCACAAAAGAACCUCGCACAUACCGCAGUCUGAACCAUAAUGCAAUCUGCAACCUUAACAUAACCCUCCCAACAUAUUCUAAGGAGUCUGAUUCAGAGCAAGACAUGGAUGACGAGAGUGAGAAGAGUGACAAGAAAUAUGAUGAAUCUGAAUCAAUGGAGACUUUCUCACUGAAAACGAGUCAACCUCUGGACCCUGCCACCCUUGCGAGCCCAGAUCUUCUCUCCGACAUGUCAGACAUAAAAAUUCCUGCUUCAAAUUCUGAGCAAUUAGACCACAUAAAAAUUUUGGAAGGUGAUGGUUCUGCGUGGAAUGAAAAAAAGGAAACUCUUGCCAUCUAUGAACUCCAAGACAGGCGUGGAAAAGUUGGAGGGAUUCAGAGUAACCAGAUUACUAACACUCAAGAGGAAUUGCGAGAGGAUAGUGCAAGAAAACCAAAGAGGUUGUCCAGUUUUGAGUCACAUGAAGAAAGGAAUGUUGAGAAGACGGGCACUUUAAGCAGACUCACCACAGAUGGAGACGUGGCAUGUAUGGAGUCAAACCUUGGCAUAGACAAAGAAAUGGAAUCCCCAUUGAUGUCUGAUUCUCAGAAGGAGGUUGUCCAAGAAUCUAUUGAACAGUUUAUUGUGAAAUCUGAUGGUAAACAAAGGCCCCCUGACAUCAAAAAACCUAUUAGGAGGAAGCUACGAGACAGAGAUCGGUCUGGAUAUAGUAGCUCCGAAGGAGAGAUGGAAAGGGUGAGCUCUGAGGAGUCUUUAGAUGGUGAUGCUGUUCUGAAUGAGAGUGGCCUUGUUUUCACACCAGCGAUAGAUCCGCCAGCUUCUCCUCGUGUGGUUGAAACACCCAUAGGAUCAAUAAAAGAUCGGGUUAAAGCCUUACAAAGCAAAGUUGAAGAGGAUGAAGGCCAAAAACACUCUCCAGUACAAAUAUCAAGAUCGUCCCUGACAAAAUCAAAAAUGGAGAGUGAAAUGCCACAGCUCCCCAGCGUUCCCAAAUCCCCCAGAUCUCAAACAGAAAGAUUAGAAGAGACUAUGUCUGUUAAGGAGCUGAUGAAAGCAUUCCAGACUGGCCAGGACCCUUCAAAAAAUAAAUCAGGGCUUUUUGAGCACAAAGCAUUGGCAUCUUGUGAUUCCACACAAAAAAGUGAACUCGCGGAUUUUGAAGCGAAAAAGGGGACUGACCAAAGUCCCCAAUCACCACCAAAACCUAAAACUCAGCAGCUCAGAGUUCCUCAGCAUGAGAAUGACUUUCAGAGAAGUGACAAAUCUGACACUGGAAAUCUGAAAACAGGAAUACUUAAAGAUACCUCUAAAGAAUCACUACUGAUUUCAGAUGCAAAUGUUGGAAAGAUGGUCACAUUUUGUGAUGAGAGAGAAAUUCACAUAGGCAGAAAGUCAACAGAGCCUUUUGAAAAGCAAAGUAUGUCUGUUAAGGAGCUAACGGGAGCAUUCCAGUUUGGGAACAAUCCUUCAAAAAGUCAAGAUAGACUUUUUGAGUACAAUUCCAUUGCUUCUCCAAGAAUUGCGGUACCGGAAGGAGUCGCUCCCAAAGAUGCCGCGAGCACACAACAGAAAUCUCACAUUCAAACUACAAAUUACAAGUCCCCUGAUGCACCAGAUGUUUGUCUGAAAAACAAGGUAGACACUGCUGAUACAAUUCAUCCUGACAAGGGGAUGACUACUCCUCAGAAAGAACUAUUAACGGGGACAAGCUGGGGAAUGAUCCAAGUUGAAGAGCAAACCAUCAGCACCCGUAUGACUUUAUCUGAAGAUUUGCAGAUAAGCCCUGACCGCAGGCCUUCUGAGGACUUCAGUGCUGACAUAAAGGCUGAGCUCGAAGAAAGUCCCGAGUACCAGUUAUUCAAGCAAACAUCUACAGCCUUAGAUGUGAGGUUUCAACCGGAGAGAUCAGAUGAGGAAAAUUUGGUUGAUAGAUUACCAAUCUGCAGUUCAUUCACAGAAACUAUUUCUCAUCCUGAUAAUCAAAUGAUUGAUGAAGGAUUUGCAUUCACCCAUCAGAUGAACAAUUAUAAUGAAGUUAAAGAAAUCACAGUUGAAGAACCACUACUGGAAGAAGUCCACAUUAGUAGGAAAACAGAUAAACAGGCAUGCACUUCAGCAAAAGAUACGUCAGGCUUGGUGUCUUUAAUGAAAACCGACAUGCAUCAGUGUCUGGAAACUCCACUUGUAACAGAUCAACCCCUACAAGAGAGUAUCAAUGAGGAUGAAUUUGAACAAAUUAUUCUGGUAAAAGGAACAGAAAAAUAUCUACACCCACUUGCUUCUGAUGUGGCUGGAUUUGGAACGGAACAGAAACAUUUCAAAGAAACUUUCAUACCAGAAGACAGAACUAGGACACCUCGUUCCAGUUUGGGAGAUGAAUAUGAAGGACAUGCAGUGGCUCUUGAGGUCAUCAAUAAUAAUGAAGACACCACAACAGAUGAACCGCGACUUGAAGAAGUCCAUAUUGACAGGAAAAAAGAUAACCAGGCAUUCGCAUCAGUGAAAGAUAUGUCAGGGUUGGUGUCCAGAAUGAAAACGGACAUGGAUCAAUGUCUCGAAUCUGGUCCCGUAACAGAUCAACCCCAACAAGAGGAUAUCGUCGAAGAAUAUUUUAAGCAAACUAUCCGGACAAAGGGAAAAGAAACAGACAUUCACACAUUCACCUCUGAAGACAAAUAUUUUGAAGAAACCGAUGUAAGCGAAGACAGAAAUAAGACACCUCGUUCCAGUUUGGGAGAUGACUAUGAUGACUAUGAUGAAUAUUCAGCGGCCUCUCAGAUUAACAAUUACGAAAUCAUAAUGGACGAACCAUCACUUGAAGAAGUCCAUGUUGGCAAGAAAAUCAAUAACCAGGGACGCACAGCAAUGAGAGAUAUGUCAGGUUUGGCAUCCUUAAUGAAAAAUUACUUGGAUCAAAGUCUCGAAACGUUUGAACCAGAGCAACCACCACAAGAGAAUAUAAUUGAUGAACAUUUUCAACAAAUUAUACUAACAAAGGAAAUGGAGAAAGAUAUUCACCCAUUUGCUUCUGAUGAGGCUGUGUUUGGCACAGAACAUGAACAUUUCGAAGAAACUGAAAAAAGAGAAGAUAGAAAUAAGACACCUCGUUCCAGUUUAGGAGAUGACGAUGAGGAACUUACAGUGGUCUCUCAUGUGAACACUUUUAAUGAAGAAAUCCCAAUAGAUGAACCACGACUUGAAGAAGUUCAUAUUGGCAAGAAAACCAAGGACCAGGCACCCGCAGCAAUGAAAGAUAUGUCAGGUUUGACGUCCUUAAUUAAAAAUGACUUGGAUCAAAGUCUAGAAGCAACGUUUGAACAAUAUCAACCACCACAAGAGAGUAUAAUUGAGGAACAUUUUGAACAAAUGAUACAAACAAAGGAAAUGGAGAAAGAUAUUCACCCAUUUGCUUCUGAUGAGGCUGUGUUCGGCACAGAAUAUGAACAUUUCGAAGAAAGUGAAAAAAGAGAAGAUAGAAAUAAGACACCUCAUUCCAGUUUAGGAGACGACUAUGAGGAACUUACAGUGGUCUCUCAUGUGAACACUUUUAAUGAAGCAAUCCCAAUAGAUGAACCACGACUUGAAGAAGUUCAUAUUGGCAAGAAAACCAAGGACCAGGCACCCACACCAGUGAAGGAUAUGUCAGGUUUGGCAUCCUUAAUGAAAAAUGACUUGGAUCAAAGUCUAGAAACAACGUUUGAACAAUAUCAACCACCACAAGAGAACAUAAUGGAAGAACAUUUUGAGCAGAUUAUACUACAAAAGGGAAUGGAGAAAUACGUUCGCCCAUUUGAUUCUGAUGAGGCUGUGUCUCACACAGAACAUGAACAUUUCAAAGAAACUGAUAUGAGAGAAGAAAUAAAUAAAACACCUUGUUCCAGUUUGGCAGAUGAGGAUGAUGAUGAUGAUGAUGAAGAACUUAUUGUGGCACCUCAAAUGAACAAUGAUGAUGAAGAAAUCACAUUUGAGGAGCCACGACUUGAGGAAGUUCAUAUUGGCAAGAAAACCAAGGACCAGGCACCCACAGCAAUGAAAGAUAUGUCAGGUUUGGCAUUCUUAAUGAAAGAUGAUUUGGAUCAAAGUCUAGAAACAGGGUUUGUACCAGAUCACCCACCACAAGAAAACAUAAUCGAGGAAAAUUUUGAGGAGAUUAUACUACAAAAGGGAAUAGAGAAAUACAUUCGCCCAUUUGAUUCUGAUGAGGCUGUGUUCAGCACAGAGUAUGAACAUUUCGAAGAAACUGAAAAAAGAGAAGAUAGAAAUAAGACACCUUGUUCCAGUUUGGCAGAUGAUGAUGAUGAAGAACUUAUUGUGGCACCUCAAAUGAACAAUGAUGAUGAAGAAAUCACAUUUGAGGAGCCACAACUUGAGGAAGUUCGUAUUGGCAAGAAAACCAAGGACCAGGCACCCACAGCAAUGAAGGAUAUGUCAGGUUUGGCAUCCUUAAUGAAAAAUGACUUGGAUCAAAGUCUAGAAUCAAGGUUUCAGCCAGAUCACCCACCACAAGAGAAUAUAAUUGAGGAACAUUUUGAACAAAUUAUACUGACAAAGGAGAAAGACACUCACCCAUUUGAUUCUGAUGAGGCUGUGUUCGGCACAGAAUUGAAACAUUUUGAAGAAACUGAUAUAAGAGAAGAAAUAAAUAAAACACCUCAUUCCAGUUUGGGAGUUGAUGAUGAACUUAUUGUGGCCCCUCAAAUGAACAAUGAUAAUGAAGAAAUAAAAUUUCAGGAGUCACUACUUGAAGAAAUUCACAUUGGCAAGAAAACCAAGGAGCAGGCAUCCACAGCAAUGAAAGAUAUGUCAGGUUUGGCGUCCCUAAUGAAAAAUGACUUGGCUCAAAGUCUAGAAACAACGUUUGAACAAUAUCAACCACCACAAGUGGAUAUAAUUGAAGAACAUUUUGAACAGCUUAUCUUAAAGGGAAAAGAGAAAGGCAUUCACCUGUUUGUGUCUGAUAAAGGAACAAUUAGCGCAGAAGAGAAACAUUUUGCCAUACCAGAAGACAAAAAUAGGACACCACGUUCCAGUUUGGGAGAAGAAUUUCCAGUGGCCCAUGAAGAAAUCCUAACAGGUGAAUCAUUAUUUCAAGAAGUCCACAUUGACAAGGAAACAGAUUACCAGCCAUCUGCAACAGUGAAAGAUAUGUCAGGGAUGGUGUCCAUGAUGAAAAAGGACAUGGAUCAAUGUUUCGAAUCUGGUCCUGUAACAGAUCAACCCCAACAAGAGGAGAUCAUUGAGGAACAUUUUAAACAAACUAUCCUAAUCAAGGAAAAAGAGAAAGACAUACAAACACUCGCUUCUAAUGAGGCUGGAUUUGACACAGAACCGAAGUAUUUCGAAGAAACUGAGUUCAGAGAAGAAAGAAAUAAGACUCCUCGUUCCAGUUUGGGAGAUGACGAUGAAGAACUUACAGUAGCCCCUCAGAUGAGCAAUGAUAAUCAAGAAAUCACAAUUUAUGAACCAUUACUUAAAGAAGUACAUAUUGCGAGAAAACCCAAAAAACUGACACCCACAGCAAAGAAAGAUAUGUCAGGUUUGGUGUCAAUACUGAAAAACAACUUGGAUCACAGUCUGGAAACAAGAUCGCUAUCAGUGGCCCCUGACAUGAACAAUGAGAAUGAAGAAAUCACAAUUGAUGAACAACUAUUUGAAGAAGUCUACAUCGGAAAGAAAAUCGAUAACCAGGCUGCCACAGCAGUGAAAGAUAUGUCAGGAUUGGCCUCCCUAAUGACAACUGACUUGCAUCAGUGUCUUGAAAGAAAAUUUGAUGAACAACCACAACGACAGGUUACUGAGGAAAUGUUUGAACAAGUUAACUUAGCAAAGGAAAAAAAGACGGACAUUGAUUCAUUUGUUUCUGAUGAAGUGGAAUCGUCUUAUGAGGAGACACUUGAAAAUACUAACAAGCAAAACUACGGUGAAAGUCCUGUGGAAUUCACAAAUCCAUUUGAAAUAUUGAGUGAAUGGCCGCAAAGGCCAGUUGAUCUCAAUAACCUUGACACUGUCGGUUUUGAUGAACCUGUUCAAGAGCAUUAUCAACAAGACUCUCUGGAGGCAAGUCCAGUCAUGGAAGAUAUAUCUUCCAGGAAAUCCCCUGAUUCCAUCGAGCCAAGUCCUUCUAGGGAAUCUCCUUGUCCAGACUCUUUAGAAGGAAGCCCCACUCAAUCAUACAGCACUGGAGACAGGGCAUUGCCAGCCAAGGCAGCUGUUUACGAAGAUUAUGCAUCACAACUUAAAGCAUGUUUUGCUUUUGACACAAAUAUAAGCAAAGAUGACAAUGAAUCAGAAUGUGUCACGGAAAUGGAAGGUGACGAAACUCCCUCUUUCCAUGACGAUGAAAAAGAGACAAUCAAUCAAUUCACCCCAGAAGAGGAGAUGUUUAAAAUGGCUGCAAAGAUCAAAACCUUUGAUGAAAUCGAACAAGAAGCUAAAACAAAAAGAGAUACAUCCCCAUAUGCACCCUCAUGGACAAGUGAUCAUGAGGAUGUUGAGCUUGACAAACAAAUCGGCCCAGCUAUGCCAUUUUCGUUCCAAGAUUCACCAGAAAAAUCUUUUGAAAAAACAGUUGAAGAAACCGAUAUUGAUUCAAGUCAUAGUAUGCACGAAGAGAGAGAAGAAUUUGAGUCGCAAAUAAGCACAGAGUUUCAAGGAAGUGAAAAGUCUCUACAAAUCUAUGAAGAAAGCCCAUCUGAUGGUGACCCACAACCACAUAACAAGGAUAAUCUACUGCAAGGAAUUGUUGAACCUUCGACAGUAGUGUGUGCUAAAGAAACCCAAUAUUUUACAUCAAGUUUUGAUGAUUCUGUAGCCUACAAUGAACGGGCUGAUGAACAAAGGGAUUAUGAUCAUGCAGAGGACAGCGAACUUCAUCAAUCACCUGCUCAAUCACCAAGUGAUGACCAAACCCCUGAACAAUUUCAAUAUGAAGAAGGAAAGCUAUUUGAAAUGACGAGAGGAGGAGCAAUUGAUCUGACAAGAAGUUUUGAUGAAGAGGUUGAAGGAUAUGGAUUUUUUCAAGUAGAGGGGCAUCAAGUGGAUGAAGUUUCAGAGGAGACUGAGGAUGAGCAAAGCACCAUGCCAAAAUUUGACGAUGAUGAUUCAGUUGGUGAGGAAAUUCCACAGAAGCCAACAAAGCAAAUUUUUCCUAUUCCCAAACCCAGAACUCUUCUAACACCCUCGUGUGAGAAGUCAAAGAGUGACAAGCACAUUUCUGAAGCUGAUCUUGGUAGCUCAACAGAAGUUCAGCUCGGUUCCCCAACAGAAUUGGAGAAGCUAACCAUUAUUGAAGGUGAUGACAAAAGACCUAUUGGCCUUAGCGUAAACUAUCCUGACUCCACAAUCGCUGUCAAUGAGUCAAGCACAAACAUGGCUACAUUAGAAUACCAAAAGCAGAGUUGUGAUUUAUUAUACUCCUCUGCAGAUGAGGAUGAGGAAGAUCAGUGCUCAGUCAUUGAAAUGUCUUUUUCAGGUUCACAGGCUAUUGUCAAUCAAGGCGGCAUAACAAAGGAGGAUAGUCAAAUAAAACUGGACAGAGCUCAAAAGUACUCUGAGCAUGAUUUGGGUAGCAAAACAGAAGACCUGGCCAUGAUUCGCAGAACAAGAUCUGAGACAGAUGGUGCUCCAAGCAAAACCUCGGGUAAAAACAACAGGAGUUGUUCUGACAGUGCUCAACCCACAUAUGAAUCUAGCCUUACCUCAGCUCUUCCCUCAACAAAACACGUGAAAGAAAUCCAUUUCUCUAAGACUGAAGAAUCCUCUAUUUCUUUGGAUACUGACGACAUCAGCAGCUCAAGUCACAAGAGUCCCGAUUCUGUCAUCUUUACGUACGACAUUCCAACAUCGAGCAGUUUACAUUUGGAUCCUUUGACGGCUGUGCAACCGUCUUCUGGUACAGCAGAUGUGUUUGAAUCUAGGCCUACCUGGGAUGACACGGUGGAAAAUCAGAUGCGGAGAAUCACCGAUGAACAAACUCCACAAUGCAUGGCAGUGGAUUGGCAGGAUGAUGCUGACAGGAAAGAGGAGACAUUAUCUAUCAUUGCAGAUCUCCUUGGCUUCAGCUGGACUGAGCUGGCAAGAGAACUGGAAUUCAAUGAGGAUGAUAUCCAAUUAGUUAGAACACAGAAUCCCAAUUCACUUCAAGAACAAAGCCAUGCCUUACUUCAACAUUGGGUUGAACGGGAAGGCAAACAUGCCACAGAAGAUUGCCUGAUUAAGAGACUGACCAAGAUCAAUCGAAUGGAUAUUGUUCAUCUAAUUGAAACCCAGAUGAACAAGUCAACUCAAGAACAAACCUCAAGAACAUAUGCAGAGAUUGAGAAGACAUUGGACCAUAGUGAAGUGUCAAUGGCUUUGUCUUCAGUGCAAGAAGAUGUGGACAGCCCCAGAAUUGUGAGAAGGGUUGAAUCAGAUCGCAAACCUCCCCCAGCUGUUUCUGAAGAGGACCUCUCUGUAGCUUCUCUACUUGACAUUCCUUCAUGGGCAGAGCCUGCUGGACAGACCCAUUCAGAGAGCAUGCAUGGGGACCUUUUGGAGGAGCUUGAGAUCUCACAUGAACUCAACCCUAACCUGUGGACUUCAGAUGAUGUAAUUUCACAUGAACAUGCACGCUAUGUCAACUUAGAAGAGCAAGCUGACGAAAUGCCUGACAUUCCUCCUCAGACUGUGACCGAGGAAAAGUACCAAGAUGAAAAUGGGCACAUCGUUGUCAGAACGGUUACUCGAAAGAUUAUUCGCAAGUGUGUUUCCUCGGAUGGUGUGGAGCGGGAGGAGGUCUCAAUAGAGGGAUCCCCCCAGAGGUCCAUUAGUGUCACAGAGGGAGACGGAUACUCCAAAGUGGUGAAGCGUACUAUUCUCAAGAGCGAGGGAGACCAUACAGAGGUUACUUUUGCUGAGAGUGAGGGUUUCUCAGCAUCACAAGCGACUGCUGAGGUGCGUAAAGUCGGUCUAGCAGAAAGAACCACUGUGGUAGAGGGUAAAAGAACAGUGACACACAAAGGGGACUUGUCUUUGGCUUCUGACCUCCCCUCAGCCGAAGAGGACUUCAACCAGGCGCUUGGUUAUAUUGGGGAUUUUACCACAGCAGAGCUCCCCCAUGUGGUUGAAAGUGAAACUGUCAAAGAUGACGGAACUGUGAUUAGGAGGGCCCACAUGCAUAAAGGUCAGACCCUCAGACGGACAGUGGUGCAGGGAGGUGGUCAGCCCAAACAGGUCCUUCUCGAACAAGUGGAUGGCCCCACAAAAGGUUCCAGACCGCACGAACUCCAGCAGCAUCUGCACCAGCUGUUUCACCACUACUAUGAAGAACAUCGGGAGGACCACGACGACGAUAGUGAAGAAGAAGAGAAACAGUAGAAUGUGUAACGCACUCCCUUGCUACACAAAUUAUCCUAUGCAUUUGCCACAUGCAAUCCCAGCGUGCACCUCAAAGCUACCACGGUCUUCCCGUUUAAAUUCAGAUUUUUUGUUUUUAUUUUCAAUUUCCCUCCCUUGAUGGUGUUACAUAUUCAUUGAUUUCUUUGUUCUGAUGAUGUUUGUUAUUUUGCCUUUUUGUGACCAAAGAAUAUAUUUCCUGAUCAAUUUUAGGUUUUGUGUCAACAUAGUCUACGUUUUUUCAUCUUUAUUAUGUGGUAGAGCAACAAAGACAUCAGAAAUGCUUCUCCGUUCUAGCCCACACUGGUCUAUCCACCUAAAAAAAAAAAAAAUACUCUCCUGAGUGGGUGCUUGAACUAAAAAAACACAAAACAAUUCUUCACGCUACACUGCCUCUCACCGCCAGACUUAGCGAGAUCUUGGCUAAGAAAAGUCAGAUUCAACAUGAGUGUGUUUAUUUAACGACUACUACUGCUGCUGCUUCUGCUGUUGUAUUUUUGUGUCGGCUAUGUGUAAUGUGUCUUUCGGGCAUUCUGAUCGUAUCUAACCUAAUCUAGAUAAUACUGACAUCUGUAGCCUAGAAAUGAUUAAUCAAUCAUGUGAAGUAGGACAGGCAUGACUAAUCAAACUCUGUCAUUAUGGUCCUGGAUUUGUAGUUUUGUCCAUUUAUCCCAUGUCACUCCUUCGAAUCCUUUUGUAUUUUUGUUUUCAAACAGACUUUUGUUGGCACUGUGUCCUAAAUUAUUGAUCACGGCUCUUCUGGUAUGAAUGGUGAGUGUGUGGGGACGUUUUACUGAACUGUUGAUCUACUAUGUUGUCGGUCCAUGCAUGAGUCCUUUGGUGUUUGAUUAAUUUGAUUUUUUUUUUUUUUUCCAAGCACAUUUUAUGUCUUAUUUUAAAGGGUUAAAUUGUGUACUGAGAAAAGGGGGUACAAAGCUGAUUGAAAUAGCCUUUUGUCUCAUCAGUGACUCCGGUAGAUUCCGACUGACAGUGUAAAACUUUGAGUCAUUUUUUUGUUUUUUUUGCCAGUGACAAGCUAUUUAAUGAAAAAUAAUGGCACAUGUUGCUGUUGUAAAGUGAUGUUGGUUCUGAUGUAUUUAUUUAUUUAUGAUUAACAUGCUCGAUUGGGUUGAAUGCGUGAAAGUUCUGUAUUGGGUGAUUACAAAAGGGUACACUAAUUUAUGUACGCAAAGUGUAGAAAGAGAUUUAUUGUAAACAAUCUUUAUUUGCACUCCUGAAUGUCAGGAUGGAUCGCCUUCCAUGCUUUUAGUGCGCAAGCUGUGUUACAAUCAAGUAUAACUUUUUGUCUUAUUCUUUGUCAGGACAAAUGGAGUGUACUUGGAAGAUUGUGACACAAGCGUAAUGAGAACUUUUGAGAGCUUCAAUAAACCGAUAUUCCCGCUCAGAGUAUCAGUCCUGUAUGGAAAUGUUUUAAUUUUUCCACUACCACUUCACUGUUUAUUUUUUGCGAGAGGGAGAGAAAAAACUCGUGGAAGAUCACUGUGACAGGUAUACCAUACUUUUAAUUAAAGAAAUCAGCACCCCCCCUUUUUCUGUGAUGCAGACAGUUAUAUACUCAUCCAUAUGUAUAAACAUCUAUAAGGGCAUGUAUUGCUGUUCAAAACUCCAAAAAGAUACAAAUAAAAUGGCUGCAGUGCGUUUGGCUGAUAGAGAAUAAAAGACUACAAAGUAAGUGA